AUCCAAAAAAUCCGGGCAUCCUUUUAAUUGAUAGCGUGAAGGACGAUUUGCCACGUGACAUGUUUUGUGGCGUAACAGGGCGCCACUACUUUCCCCCAAUCAGCUGAAACGUUCCCUUGACAUGUGACCAAUUGUAUUGUCCUCUUUGAUUUUUCUCUCAAGACGAGCAUCGACUCCAUCCCUUUUGCACGUUAUCCAUUGCGCAAGUGGAACUGUAUAGCCAUUACAAAUACUCCAGGGAAACCAAGGAAUAAACGAAACCCUUCAUCAAAUCUAACGAAAUCCACAUCUGAAAGACAUAUUCCGACAAUGGAGCAGAAACCAAUAAUCAACUUUGGUGCUGGACCUGCAAAACUUCCACAAUCCGUAUUGUGUCAAGCCCAGAAGGAGCUUGUCAACUACGGUGGCCUGGGAAUUAGUGUUCUUGAGAUGAGUCACAGAUCUGCAGACUUCAGCAAGAUCCUGAGCAAGACUGAGUCUCUUCUCCGAGAGCUGCUGAAUAUCCCAGACAAUUACAAGGUGAUGUUUCUACAAGGAGGCGGGUCUGGACAAUUCAGUGCCGUUCCCCUCAAUCUGAUUGGUUUAAAGGAGGACAAGUGUGCUGACUACAUCGUGACCGGCACCUGGUCUGAAAAGGCGGCAAAAGAGGCGGAGAAAUAUGGAAAAGUCAAUGUUGUGCACCCGAAGCUUGACAGCUACACCAAGAUCCCUGAGCCCGGCACCUGGAACCUGAACCCGGCAGCCUCCUACGUCUACUACUGCUCCAACGAGACGGUCCACGGCGUGGAGUACAACUUUGUCCCCGAGACCAACGGCGUGGUCCUCGUCAGCGACAUGUCCUCCAACUUCCUGUCCCGGCCAGUGGACGUGUCCAAGUACGGCCUAAUCUUUGCCGGGGCCCAGAAGAAUGUGGGCUGCGCCGGCGUGACCUUGGUCAUCGUGAGAGAGGACCUGAUAGGGCACACGUUGAAUGAGUGUCCUGUGGUCUUCAACUACAAGGUCCAGGCGAGCAACAAUUCUCUCUACAACACACCACCAGUCUUCAGCAUCUACAUCAUGGGCCUUGUGCUGGAGUGGAUCCAUAACAACGGUGGCACGGCUGCGAUGGAGACGCUCAACAAGCAGAAGUCCUCCAUGAUAUAUGACAUCAUUAGCUCCUCCAGCGGGUUCUACGUGUGUCCCGUGGACGAGGCGUGCCAGAGCCGCAUGAACGUGCCGUUCCGCGUGGGCAAGAGGGAGGGCGACGAGGCCCUGGAGAAGAAGUUUCUGGAAGGGGCGUCCCAGCGUGGAAUGAUAGGCCUGAAGGGACACAGGUCGGUUGGGGGAAUGCGUGCGUCUUUGUACAACGCGGUCACGGUGGAAGACGCUGAAGCUCUCGCCACUUACAUGAAGGAUUUCUUGAAAGAGCACCAAUAAGAAGUUAAAACUGACGAUUAGUCUAUUCCACGUAAACAAUAACCAUGAGCAAGAUGCCUAGUCAAUCCAAUCUAGCUUUAGCCCUACUUAAUAAGCUUCAACCACUAGCGUGUUCGAAAUGUAAUAUUUUUAAUACUACUGUGCUUGUAUGUACAUAGAUUAUUCUUUAUACAUGUUUGGCUUGUUUACAUACUAAUAAUUGUAUUAGGUAAAAUGUAUCUUGCAUUAUGCCCUAAAUGACCAUUAAAAUGUCCUGAUUACUAA